CUGAAUGUCGUUUCUCCAACGGACCGGCGGGCCUUCGAUCCGGUCGACAAAUCUUCAAGUCUGCACGAUACGAUGAUGCCCGAGUCAGACAGGACAUCUAUAUAAAGACGUCUCCUUUCCGGAGUUCAAUAUGUUCUCAUGAAAUCCAAGCACCGGCCAAGCUUCGCAGAGUCAAGAUGGCCUCUCUUCUUUUCUCCAGGAUCUGCCGCAAUGCCCUCAUCUUGUCUUCAGUGCUGAUUACUGCCCAGGGUCAGCAGAUUGGAACUUACCAGACCGAAACCCAUCCCUCGAUGACCUGGCAGACAUGCAGUAACGGUGGCAGUUGCAGCACCAAGCAAGGCUCUGUUGUCCUCGAUGCCAACUGGCGUUGGGUCCACCAAACCGGAAGCUCUAGCAACUGCUACACCGGCAAUAAAUGGGAUACUUCCUACUGCAGUACCAAUGACGCUUGUGCCCAGAAAUGUGCCUUAGAUGGCGCCGACUACUCCAACACUUACGGUAUCACCAGCAGCGGCAGUGAAGUCCGUCUCAACUUUGUCACUAACAACUCCAACGGGAAGAACGUCGGUUCCCGCGUCUACAUGAUGGCCGACGAUACCCAUUAUGAGGUCUACAAACUGCUGAACCAAGAGUUCACCUUCGAUGUGGACGUCUCCAAGCUUCCAUGUGGUCUUAACGGCGCUUUGUACUUCGUCGUAAUGGAUGCUGAUGGUGGUGUUUCCAAAUAUACAAACAACAAAGCUGGCGCUAAGUACGGUACUGGUUACUGUGAUUCUCAAUGCCCACGGGAUCUUAAGUUUAUCCAGGGACAAGCCAAUGUCGAGGGCUGGGUACCGUCAACCAACAAUGCCAAUACAGGCACUGGAAACCAUGGUUCCUGCUGCGCAGAACUGGACAUAUGGGAAUCUAACAGCAUUUCGCAAGCUCUCACUCCUCACCCAUGCGAUACGCCCACCAACACUCUAUGCACCGGGGACGCUUGCGGUGGCACAUAUAGUUCUGAUCGCUACAGUGGCACGUGUGAUCCUGAUGGCUGCGACUUCAACCCGUAUCGUGUGGGCAACACCACCUUCUAUGGCCCUGGCAAGACAAUUGACACCAACAAACCAAUCACCGUUGUGACCCAGUUCAUCACCGAUGACGGCACGUCCAGCGGCACCUUAUCCGAGAUUAAACGGUUCUACGUGCAAGACGGUGUGACAUACCCCCAGCCCAGCGCAGAUGUUAGCGGCCUAAGCGGCAACACCAUCAACUCGGAGUACUGCACCGCAGAGAACAGCCUGUUCGACGGCUCAGGCAGCUUCGCGAAACACGGUGGGCUCGCCGGCAUGGGCGAAGCCAUGUCGGCUGGAAUGGUGUUGGUCAUGAGCUUGUGGGAUGAUUACUAUGCCAACAUGCUCUGGCUUGACAGCAACUACCCCACCGACGAGUCCACAAGCAAGCCCGGCGUGGCCCGUGGAACUUGUUCCACGUCAUCCGGUGUUCCUAGCGAGGUCGAAGCCUCCAACCCUAGCGCCUAUGUGGCCUAUUCCAACAUUAAAGUUGGCCCUAUCGGCUCCACUUUCAAGAGCUGAUCUCCGGGGCGGAUCUCCAUAUAACUGCAGGUGAUAAACUUUAUCUCCUUUGAGUGCCUGUCGUUGGCCAUGGGUGGUGAUUAUGAUCAAGUAUAUUUCGCCAUCGCUAUGUAAGGAGGGGAUAUCAUGAGUAUUGAGAAGCAGGAAGAAUGUACGGUAACGCCGCUGUAGUGAGAAGGAAAUGCAAUGAAAUGACGUCGUUGAGAUCUAUAGUCCUUACCGCCCAGAACCCUGUGGAGAAUCCCGCAUAGAGCUUCCUUUUCGGAUAAU